AAAAUUUGGGAAGUAGUAGCUCUAAUCUUCAAGUCUCUUUCCCCCCAACUCUCUAAACCGCAAAAUGCGGUCACCGCCGAUCUCUCAGCGCCGCCGCCGCUGGGUAAGCUCCUCGGGGUUGGGGAUCGCAGCAAUAGCCUACGUAGGCGUAGACUACCUCCGCCACCUCUCGCCGCUGUGGCACGAGCGCCUGCAGCCACUUCUCUGGGUGGCUCUUGCGAUCGCCGCCCUAGUUCGCGUCCCAUUUUACAAGCACUGGUCGCUGGAGCUUCGGGCGGCAAUACCCUUCAUUCUCUCCAUACUUUUCAUGCUUUCAGCUCUGCUGUUUGAAGCAAUUUCGGUUCGCUCUGUCACCGCUGUUCUAGGUCUAAACUGGCACAAUGAAACACCACCUCUCCCUGAUGUUGGCCAGUGGUUGCUGCUAGCGUUGAACGAGAAGCUACCUCAAGUAAUGGUGGAUAUCCUGAGGGCUCGAAUCAUUGGGUUGCACCAUUUUUUGAUGUUGUUUAUUAUGCUUGGAUUCUCAGUAUUGUUUAAUUCAGUUGAAGCUCCUGGGCUAGGCCUGGGAGCAAGAUAUAUGUUCACCAUGGGUGUUGGGCGGCUUCUUCGUGCAAUAGCUUUUGUAUCUACCAUCCUUCCCUCAGCGCGGCCAUGGUGUGCUUCAGCUAGAUUCCAAGUGCCUGCACACCCGCAUCCGUGGGUGCAGAAAUAUUAUGUUCCAUACGCCAAAGAUUCUAGUGCUAUACGCCAUAUUAUUCAUCAUGAUUUUGCAUAUGCUGUUACAGGAGAAUAUGAAGCUGAAUUCAUACCAAACUGGGGCUCGAUGAACUUUCUUGCUGACUUUCUGCGACCUACAGCUUCCGAAGGAGCUUCACCGUGGUACAGUCUUCUGAAGAAAGCUGGUGGCGGGUGCAACGACCUAAUAUACAGCGGGCACAUGCUCGUUGCUGUCUUAACAGCUAUGGCAUGGACAGAAGCCUAUGGAGGGUUUACAUCAGCCAUUAUAUGGAUGCUGGUGGCUCACAGUGCCCAACGUGAAAUCCGAGAGCGCCACCAUUACAGCGUGGAUUGCAUUCUAGCCAUCUACAUGGGCAUCUUCUUGUGGAAGAUGGUAGGUGUAUUCUGGCCAAUCAAGGAUAGUUCGAGAUCCAAGCGGCUGGAUAAACUGGAAAAAAUUGAGAGCAGGCUUGUACAAGCGGCCAAAGACUCAGACAUGGAUCGAGUUCGGGAACUUCUAAAAGAGGUUGAGGUGAGCGGUCAGGUGAGGCAGGAAUCGAGUAGCAAAGCUUUGUGGGUGUUUUCUGGUGCAACCAUGCUGUUUGCAUUAGUGGUAGUCAUUCUUGCCUUCACAUUGACUAGCGACGGCUGAUUUUACUUACUUUCAAUUGUUGUUGAAUGGAGAUGUGACAUGUUCAUUGUUGUUGUUGUAUGGAGAUGAAAAAUUUUGUUGUAUGUUUGAACUUUCAAGAAUUCAGGCAUUGCUGUUGCCUGUUGGUUUUAA